ACCACAUGCUCAAAGGCAGCAGAUGCCCAACAGCAGCUCCAUCAGCAACUUCCUCCUCCUGGCAUUCACAGACACGUGGCAGCUGCAGCUCCUGCUCUUCUGCCUCUUCCUGGCCAUCUACCUGGCUGCCCUCCUGGGCAACAGCCUCAUCAGCACAGCCGUAGCCUGCCACCACCUCCUGCACACCCCCAUGCACUUCUUCCUCCUCAACCUCGCCCUCCUCGACCUGGGCUGCAUCUCCACCACUCUCCCCAAAGCCAUGGCCAAUGCCCUCGGGGACACCACCACCAUCUCCUACUCUGGAUGUGCUGCACAGGACUUUCUCUUCUUCAUCUCAGCAGAGUAUUCCCAUCUCACCAUCAUGUCCUAUGACCGCUAUGUUGCCAUCUGCAAGCCCCUGCACUACGGGACCCUGGUGGGCAGCAGAGCUUGUGCCACCAUGGCAGCAGCUGCCUGGGGCACUGGGGUUCUCUAUGCUGUGCUGCACACUGCCAGUACAUUUUCACUGCCUCUGUGCCAGGGCAAUGCUUUGGAACAGUUCUUCUGUGAAAUCCCUCAGAUCCUCAAGCUCUCCUGCUCAGACUCCUACCUCAGGGAAGUUGGGCUUAUUGUGGUUAGUGUCCUUGCCGUAUUUGGAUGUUUUGUAUUCAUUGUGCUGUCCUAUGUGCAGAUCUUCAUGAUCUUCAGGGCCGUGCUGAGGAUGCCUUCUGAGCAGGGACAGCACAAAGUCUUUUCCACGUGCCUCCCUCACCUGGCCGUGGUCUCCCUCUUUCUCAGCACUGCCAUGUUUGCCUACCUGAAGCCGCCCUCCAUCUCCUCCCCAUCCCUGGACCUGGUGGUGGCAGUGUUAUACACAGUCGUACCUCCAGUAAUCAACCUUAUCUACAGCAUGAGGAACCAGCAGCUCAGGGAUGCCCUCAGGAAACUCUUUGAAGACACGUUCCUUCAGCAUCAGUAAAAUGCUCUUCAUGUGACGAUCAAAAAUUCAGGAAAAGCUUGGACUGCCUUUCUUUCAUCUCUUUCCCCCUCCCUCCCAAUCUCUCAAUCCUAUGAUGCUAUUAAUUCCAAACAAGUAACACUAUUCAUCUCAUUUCUUUUUUAUUUUCUACGAUUUUCUUCUGGCUGGCAAUCCUAACGUAAAAAAGUUACCAGGCUCUUUGCCUAGAUAGAGAAAUCAUCAGAAAGUCAUUGAUCUCAGCUCCCAUCUCCUCUGGAUGACAGAGAGGAGCCUUUGGUUCCUUGGUGCAGGAACCAGGAGCCCAACUGCCACACAGAGCAGCAGCCCUGGUGUCUGUGGGGCUGCCCCUCACCGCCCCGUGGGCGUUCCCUCUCUGCUGCCUUUGAGUCGGGCUGCUGCUUCCCUGGAGCCAUGGCCAUGGGCAGCAGCAGGACGU